AUGGCCUUCGCCUGGAAAGCUGCCGGUAUAACCUACAACCGAUACCUCGCCGUUGCCGCACGAGUGGUUCGUCGUUCACUGAAGGAAGGCCCAAGAUUACAAGCCGAGAGACGCGGAGAGAUGGACCUAAGAUUCGCCAAAUGGCAGAAUGGCAAACAAGGAGAAGUUAAAAAUCUGAGCGAGGCCAACGCUGCAGCUGCAUCGGAGCUGGCAGCACAGGAGGCUAAAUCAUCAUAA